UGAAAUUUCUCCGUGUGAUACCGACCCCCCAGGCAUAUUGUUGACCUGGUUGCUGUGGUAUCAGCAAUUUGCCGUACCAGGUCAUAUCUCAAUACUUUUUGAACGUCCUACAAUUCAGUCUUCAAUGCUCUGAUGACCUCAAAGGUUGUAAGACCGGUCAAAAUGCAUAUGUUCCAGCUCCAUUUUCAUCCGAAAGUGUUCCGCCAGCUUUAAAUUAAACCGAGAAUCAACCACUGUGCAGUCCAGUCUUAGCUUGCCGAGACUCCUUUAUUGGCCUUUAAUAUGGAAAGGUUUGGGAUAUAAGAACUCGUUGAAAGUUUAGUGUCUUGCUAUCGGUAACAGACCAUGCAGCUGUCUCUUGCUCUUGCUUCCUUGGCCGCUGUCGUGUCGCGUCUUCCCCAGGUCUCUGCCCACGGGGGCGUCCUGUCCUAUAAAUUUGGUUCUGCAACUUAUCAAGGUUUUGUACCCUACAACACGCCCGUAGGACAGAGCUCUAUCCAACGCGAAUGGGACACGUAUAAUCCUAUCACAGACCCUACUGAUCCAAGCCUGUCCUGCAACAUCAACGGCGCGACACUAGCAGAACAACUGUCGGCCACCGUCGCUGCUGGUACCCAAGUCACAGCUUAUUGGAAUGCUUGGCCACAUACCAUCGGACCUGUCAUGGUCUAUAUGGCGGCUUGCCCUUCUGGCUGCACUAACGCCGACACAUCCACUCUGGAGUUUUUCAAAAUUGACCAAGCCGGUCUCAUUAGCGGUGAUCUUGUUACAGGCCUAUGGGGCAUGGGAGAGCUCGUCCAGAAUAACAAUUCUUGGACUUCCACUAUCCCAGCUUCCUUGGCUCCUGGAGAGUAUAUGAUCAGACAUGAGUUGUUGGCCAUCCACACCUCAGACCAACCUCAAUUUUACCCGGAAUGCGCUCAGCUCAUCCUUACUGGAAGCGGAACCUCCACACCGUCUAGCUCGUACCUCGUCACGUUCCCUGGUGCCUACUCUGCCUCUGAUCCUGGAGUCACCAUUGAUAUUUAUUCCAACGAGAAUGAGACUAACUACACCAUUCCCGGGCCCGCUGUUUGGUCCGGAUGAGAUGUACGAGCAUGGGUGUCCAACGUGUAUCGUAAUUCACAGAUAGCAAUUGCGUUUCUUUUGUCUUUAUCUUCUCAAAUAUCUUCCAGAUUUCGGAGAUUCUACAUUUUCAAGAGCGUCGUUCAAGUCGUAUGUAGUUUCUUAGUCUGAAUUACUUACAUACUGUACUUAUCAGCGCUUAUUUAUUCGCGAAAUUUUUCCCAAC